GUAAGAGGGGCAACAAACAGAAACUCAAAGGAUCUCGUGCAUGCAGAGAGGUCGGGUAACUGGAAUCCUCAGUUAGAUCGCUGCCGCACAAGACUGAUUUAUUCACCGUUGUGUAAAGGGAACGCACACCUCGACUAGACAAUAGAUGAGCUCGACUCUUCGUUUCUGGAAAUAAUAAAACAACCGCCUCAGAGAUAAUCAAAAACCUUAAAAGUGUCAGCCACAAUAACACUUUGUAGUUCCCUUUGAAGCGAAUGCUGCAGUCAGUCUAGUGUAGUAUCCUCUUUCAGGAUGCAAAGAAGGACUCCGACUGGGAUAUUCUUUGGAAAAACAGAAUUCGGAUUUUAACAUUCAAUAGGACAGUGUUGCAGAAAUAAAAAAAAAAAAAAAAAAAAAAAAAGAUUUACUUUCCCUUUACGUGAGUGUUUCGAUUGUUGAAGGCUGUCAAGUUCAGAUUUCUUUAUAGAUUAGUAGGAUUAUACAUUAACCAGAGGAGGUCAAAUUUAAUAAAGCGCAGCCCGAAGACGUUUUGUUCGAACCUGCGGAGACUUAGGAUAAAAAUGUCAUUUUCUGCUUUCCUUGGAACUCACGUCUCUCUUUUCCUUAUUAUUAUCAUAAAUGGUAUAGGAGAGUGCACCUUGCUACACUAUGCAGACAGCAGGUCAAACCCUCUGUCACUGGAGAAGAAUAUCGGCAGGUUGCCUAAGGAUUUCCAGUGUCAUCACAUGCUGAAGCAUCUGCACAAUGGAGCCAGGAUUACAGUGCAGAUGCCACCUAACAUUGAGGGACACUGGGUCUCUACAAGCUGUGAAGUGAGACCAGGCCCUGAGUUUAUCACCAGGUUGUACAAGUUCUACAACAACCACACAUUCAAGGCCUACCAGUUUUACUACAAGGACAACCACUGCACCACACCCACCUACACACUGGUGAUCCGGGGGAAGCUGCGUCUCAGACAGGCCUCCUGGAUCAUCCGGGGCGGCACUGAGGCAGACUACCAGCUGCACCGCAUCCAGAUCAUCUGCCACAGCGAGUUGGUGGCCAAAGAGAUGAGCCAGCGGCUGAACCGCAGCUGCAGGGGGGUGGUGGGAGGAGGGGUGUCCUGGGAGCCCAACGUCAGUUUCGACCUGUGGAACGAGGACAUGGGCUGUGACUGCUCCCGGGCACUCAACUUCGCCAUGCACGAGCUGCAGCUGAUGCGGGUGGAGAAGCAGUACCUGCACCACAACCUGGACCACCUGGUGGAGGAGCUCUUCCUGGGGGAUAUCCACACAGAGCCUGCCCAGAGAAUGUACUACCGGCCCUCCAGUUACCAGGCUGCACUGCAAAACGCCAAGAACCACGACCACACGUGUAUUGCGUGCCGCAUCAUCUAUCGGUCUGACGAGCACCACCCGCCCAUCCUGCCCCCGAAGGCAGACCUGACCAUCGGGCUGCACGGCCAGUGGGUGAGCCAGCGGUGUGAGGUGCGGCCGGAGGUGCUCUUCCUCACCCGACACUUUGUUUUCCAUGACAAGAACAACACCUGGGAGGGGAACUACUACCAUUACUCCGACCCUAUAUGCAAGCACCCCACAUUCACCAUCUAUGCCAAAGGCCGCUAUAGCCGUGGGGUGCACUCCAACAAGGUCAUGGGAGGCACAGAGUUUGUCUUCAAAGUGAACCACAUGCGAGUGACACCCAUGGAUGUAGCCACUGCCUCCCUCCUCAAUGUUUUUAAUGGCAAUGAGUGUGGACAGGAGGGCUCCUGGCAGGUUGGGGUAGAGCAGGACGUGACACACACCAAUGGCUGUGUGGCGCUGGGAAUCCGUCUGCCCCACACUGAGUACGAGCUGUUCCGCAUGGAGAAGGAUGCCCGUGGGCGCUACCUGCUCUAUAAUGGACAGAGACCCAGCGAUGGCUCGAGUCCCGACCGGCCCGAGAAGAGGGCCACAUCCUUCCAGACCCCGCUGUGCCAGUGCUCCUCUACCAGCCAGGGCUCUGAAAGGGGCUCACAUGAGAUCGAUAGGGCCCUACGCAUCAACAGCGGCUCAGACACAAACUGCCACAUUCACUGGGGAACUCUCAGCAUCCUCACCAUGGUCUACCUUCUCCUGUUCUUAAGCUAAAGAAGAAAUAAAGAAUAAGGCAGCCUGUUUAAACCGGUGGCUAUCCAAAAACGAGAAGGAAACUGAAUUACCCCCUAGCUGGGUAGGCCCUUUCCUCAAAGGAAGUUUAUUUACUUAAUGCACUUGAACACCUCAGAGCUGUUGCUCUUUUUUGAGGUGAGAGGUUAAGGGGGUGGGGAGAGAGGAAAGACAUUCCUUUGAACUUUUUCAAUUAGUUUUAUUUGAACUCUAUCCAGUCAAGCGUAGACCUGUAACUGCUGCAUAACAUUUACUGGAGCAGAUGUAUAUCUAUAUUUCCAGCUGGUGUUGACCUGAAGGGAGACCGCAUAUGUCAGAGAAGGAAAAACAAGACAAAUACAGUUGAAAUUUACUGUUUUGUCACUUUUUUGCUCUAGUGGCUUCAGUAUGACCAGGAAAAAAUGAAAACCUUGCCUGAUAGUGCCUAACAAUCCAGAUUUGUACUGAAGAAUGUGGCGCUAUCUUUUUUUUUUUUUCUCAGACUUGAUAGUGAAUGUUUGUAUAAGCACCAACUAACCUAAUUCCAGAAACUGCACAAAGGGAAGAACAUGGACCAAAUACAGCAGGUUUAGGAGUACUGAGCAAACAAACUAAAAUCAAAACUUUUCUUUGUGCUCUUCUUAAUCUUCUAUUAUCAAGCAUAUUUGUGUUGUAAAAUUCUUGUGCCACUCUCUUUCUUUUAUUCCUUUUACAAAAGGGUCUCCAUCAUUAUUUUAUUUAUAUAAUUUCAAAGUCUGUUUAAACAACAGUUCAAAGGGUUUCAAGGGCUGUUGUAUGGUGAACCUCUUAUGUGAUCAGUGCCUUUAGUUUUAUGUAAGCUUAUUGUUUAGUAGCCCAGCUGGAUUCAACUGGCACUUAAAAAAAAAAAAAAAAAAAAAGUACUUGUACAAUUUACCACUGUUUGUGAUCAUGUGUUAGACUUGGUGCAGAUGGCUUUGUAAAAUGUUUGUCUGCAGAACUAGAUCGACUAUCCAAAUGAAAUAUUGUAUAUUAUAUUUUGAGCUAUCUCA